UUUGGUUCAUUUCAAGUGAGAAAUAAAUAUGGGCGUAUGCGACGUGGAUGCAAAAACGGAAAAAGGGACAAAUGGAAAAUAAAGAAUAAUUUAUUUCAGUGUCGUGACACAAUUUAUGUAUAAACAAAGUAAACAUUGAGUAAUAUAUUGUAUUCUGCAUUCAUAGAUCUUUAUUUAUCUAUCUCUAGAAAACAAGGUGUUCAGUAUGCGCUAUCUAUACAUGGAUUCUUGCAGUAUAAGACCUUCCCUGGAUACAUGAGUGACAGACAUUGCAUUUUGCUUUGAUUUCAAACAGGACAGAGUUCUUUAAUCAGGUUUACCAUGGAAAUUAGUUGAGAGUAUUUUCGAGCGAUGAUAUUUUACAAUUUUGAAGUUGCUUUGAGCAAUAGUUUACAUUACUAAGCCAGAGAAUGAUGAGUCUAACGUGGGGGAGAGUACUGUAAAAAAAUUCAUUGCAAUUUAAAUCUUGAUUUAAAUGAAAAUGAUACCACCUUGAUGGUGGUAAAAUCAGUUUCUGCAAUGUCUCAAACAAAGGUUCAAUGCCAGAAUAUAUCCAACAAAGCAAAGCACUUUAUAGUAUCAUUGGAGAAGAGGGUGAAAGAAGAGAUUGACAAUGAAGAGAAAUUGGAAGAUAAUUUUAACCCUUGUACAAAAAACAUGAAUAGGAAAGAACACCAGAGCAAUAACAAAAAUAUAAAUGAAGAUGAAAACAGGGGUAAAGAGGAGAUCAAGAGAGAACAGCUGAACAAAAGCGAAAGUGACUGCAUAUUAGGAAAGUAUGAGCUUGUCACUGUAAAAAUGGAAGAGCAGUUUGAUAAUGAGCAAGAGGUUUCCAAGUCAAUAAUGUCACCUAAGUUAGAAACAGUCCCUGUAUCAACAACCAAAAUAACUUCCCCUCAGUUUAUAAAAAAGCACUCUGCCCCAAAAAUAAAUGGCAUGUCUGAGAUUAGGAUUCGAAGUUUAAAAAUGCUACAAAAUCUUAUUCAGACACCCAAAUCUUUGCAAAAACAAAUUUGUGAUAAUAGUGUAUGCAUCAGUCCAGAAGCAACCAAUAUGAUCACAAUAAAAGAGAAGAAUGAAUUUAAUCCAUCAGAUAACGGUAUCAAAUCCUAUCCCAGACACAAAGAUAUGUUAUUCAAGCAAAGGAAUAUCACAAAGAACGAAUCGUUUAAACAUGUGUUUGGUUCUUGUACAAAGAGACGAAAGACAUCAGGUAGUACUCUGCAUAAAAAGCAUAUGAGUCAUCCUGGUGCAGCAGCAAGAAAUGCACCCCUCCUUUUACGAACUAGUAUAGUAAAUUGUUCUUUUAUUAAUAUUGACUAAAUAUUAAAAUGUAAAUAUGUCAUUUCAUAUGUACCCAUGCAGACAAGAGAAUGUGCAAUUACAUGGAUGGAUCAUCAGAUAAAUUAUGUAGUUUAUUCAAUUUCAGUUUUUGAGUUUUACAUGAUUCAACAAAGUCACAUUGUAGUAAUAAACAAG